AUGGAGUUGCUGCUGAUCUGCCUUUCCCUGUGGAUAUUUCAGUGUAAUUCUGCCAGAGCGGACUCCAUCAUACACAUUGGUGCCAUCUUUGAGGAAAACGCCGUGCGAGAUGACGAGAUUUUCCAGCUCGCAAUCUCCGACCUGAGUCUGAACGAUGACAUUCUGCAGAGCGAGAAAAUCACCCACUCUGUGAAACUUAUCGAGCCUAACAACCCGUUCCAGGCGGUCCAGGAAGCUUGCGAGCUGAUGAACCAGGGCAUCCUAGCCCUGGUCACCUCCACCGGAUGUGCGGCUGCUCUGGCUCUGCAGUCGCUAACGGACGCCAUGCACAUCCCGCACCUGUUCAUCCAGAGGAGCAAUGAUGGGUCUCCACGCACCGCCUGCCCCUUCAGCCCCAGCCCGGACGGGGAGAGCUACACCCUGGCAGCGCGUCCACCCGUCCGGAUCAACGAGGUGCUGCUGACGCUGGUGGCCGAGCUCUACUGGCAGAAGUUCAUUAUCUUCUAUGAGAGUGACUACGACAUCCGUGGACUGCAGAACUUCAUGGACUCUGCGUCUCGUCUCGGCCUGGACGUGUCUUUACAGAGGGUGGAUCGAAACGUGAGCCGUGUCUUCAAUGAUCUGUUCAACAUGAUGAGAACUGAGGAGCUGAACCGCUACAGAGACACGCUGAGGAGAGCCGUGCUGCUGAUGAGUCCAAGAGGAGCCCAGGUUUUCAUCCACCAGGCUGUGGAGACCAACCUGGCGUCCAAGGACAGUCACUGGGUGUAUGCCAAUGAGGAGGUGAGCGAUGCUGACAUCAUGGAGCUGGUUCACACCUCUUUGGGCAGGAUGACCAUCAUCCGUCAGAUCUUCCCGCUGUGGAGGGACACCAAUGUGCGCUGUAUGAGGAACAACCACCGCAUCUCCUCUCUGCUCUGCGACCCACAGGAGGGCUAUCUGCAGUCCCUGGAGGUAUCCAACUUGUAUCUAUAUGACAGUGUCCUGAUGCUCGCCAACGCCUUCUAUCGAAAACUUGAGGACCGCAAGUGGCACAGCAUGGCAAGCCUCAACUGUAUGAGAAAAUCCACCAAACCCUGGAACGGAGGAUGGUCCAUGCUCGACACCAUUCAAAAGGGGCGCAUCAGUGGGCUCACCGGGCUCAUGGACUUCCGUGCUGAAGGCUCCAACUCACACGUGCAGUUUGAAAUCCUGGGCACCAGCUACAGUGAGACAUUCGGCAAAGACGUCAAAAGAUUGGCGACGUGGGACUCGACUCGCGGUCUGAACGGAAGCCUGAAGGAGAACCGUAUUGAGAGCGGGAUGCAGGGGGUGACGCUCAAGAUUGUAACGUUACUGGAGGAGCCUUUCGUGAUGGUGGCAGAGAACAUUCUAGGCCAGCCCAAGAGGUACAAGGGCUUCUCCAUUGAUGUUCUGGAUGCUCUGGCCAAGAUCCUGGGAUUUAAGUAUGACAUUUACCAAGUGGCAGACGGAAAGUACGGAACGGCACUGCCAAACGGAUCCUGGAACGGCAUGAUCGGGGAACUUAUUGGCAAGAGGGCUGACCUGGCCUUAUCCGCCAUCACCAUCACCCCAGAGCGUGAGAGCGUGGUGGACUUCAGCAAGCGUUACCUGGACUACUCUGUGGGCAUUCUGAUGCGAAAGUCUGAGGAGAAAAUCAACAUCUUUUCUUUGCUGGCCCCCUUUGACCUGGCCGUGUGGGCGUGCAUCGCGGCUGCUAUCCCCGUGGUGGGCAUCAUGAUCUUCCUACUGCGGAGGAUCCAGGCCGUGCGCUGUCAGAGCAACACUGGAGGCCACCCCGCACCCUCUGUGUCCACGUCUCUGCAGAGCGCCAUCUGGAUCGUCUAUGGAGCCUUCGUACAGCAAGGAAGCGAUGCAAUCCUUGGAUCAGUGGCAUUGCGGAUUGUCAUGGGAAGCUGGUGGCUCUUCACUCUUAUUGUGUGUUCUUCAUACACUGCAAAUCUCGCAGCUUAUCUCACUGUGUCGCGAAUGGAUAACGCAGUCAGGUCCUUCGCUGACCUCUCAAAGCAGUCGGACCUGAUGUACGGGACAGUGAGGGACUCAGCGGUGUAUGAAUAUUUUCGGGCCAAAGGUACAAACCCUCUGGAGCAGGACAACACGUUCGCCGAGCUGUGGAAGAUCAUCAACAAGAACAACGGUCAUGACAACUCUGUCAGCAGCCCCAUGGAGGGCAUCAAGAAGGUGAAGAGAGAGUCCUAUGCGUUUCUGUGGGACAUGGCGGUGGUGGAGUAUGCAGCGCUGACAGACGAUGACUGCACCUUAACCAUAGCAGGGAACAGCAUGAGCACCAGAGGCUAUGGCAUGGCCCUUCAGCACGGCAGCCCCUAUCGAGACCUCUUCUCUCAAAAGAUCCUGGAGCUCCAGGAGAAGGGAGACUUGGACAUCCUGAAGCAGAAGUGGUGGCCUAAGAAGGGCCGCUGUGACCUGCAGAGCCACGCGGACGCCCAGCCGGAGGGGCGGGCCUUACGCCUGCACAGCUUCGCGGGGGUCUUCUGCAUCCUGGCGGCGGGCCUGCUCCUAGCGCUGCUUGUAGCUGCUCUGGAGACAUGGUGGAACAGUAACCAGUGCAGGAGAGAGCAGCCCAAAGAGGACAAAGAGGUGAACCUGGAGCAGGUGCACCAGCGCCUCAACAGCCUGCUGGAUGAUGACCUGGCCCAUAAGCAGCUCCCGGGACAGUCGAUUGAGAUCUCUGCUCUGGACAUUGGCAGCAUGCAGCCCAGUCAGUCUCUGGAGGCCCUGUCAGCGCGGGACUACCCGCCCCACCGCGGGGGGCCCCUGUCGGUCACCUCCUUCCUGCAGGAGAGCCACGGGCCAGGCCGGACACUGGGCGCGGUAGGGGGCAGGACCCUACCACUGCCCCUCAGCAGCGCCACCAUGCCCUCCAUCCGCUGCAAACACAGGGCCCCCAACGGGGGGCUCUUCAGGCAGAGUCCCCUCAAGACACCCAUGCCAAUGUCAUACCAGCCAGUGCCAGGGGGCGCCAUCCCCGAGGCCAGCGAGCCCAGCCACGGCACGUCCAUCUGA